AUGACUCGCAUAUCUCUCCUCCUGUGCGUCCUGGUCCUGCAGACUCUCCUCCAGGCGGCGUGGAGCCUCCCCAGGUGUAACAACCAGUGCUGCCGGUUCGUGGAGGGCUUUCCCGUCAGACUGAAGAAGCUCAGGCAGGACUACUCGCGGAUCAGAGAUUUCUAUGAAGCCAAUGACGACCUGGACACGGCGCUGUUAGACGCCAGCGUGGAGGACUCCUUCAAGUCUCCGUUCGCCUGCCACGCCAUGAACGACAUCCUGGGCUUCUACCUGGACACGGUGCUGCCCACGGCCGUGGCAGAGGUCACGGAGGAAACCAGGGACCUGAAGCCCCACGUCGAGUCCAUCCAGCAGAUCUUCGACCAGCUCAAGAGCGAUGUCACCAAAUGUAGACACUACUUUUCCUGCAAGAAACAGUUCGACAUCAAAGACCUAAACUCUACCUACACACAGAUGGAGAGCAGAGGUCUGUUCAAGGCCAUGGGCGAGCUGGAUCUGCUGUUUAACUACAUAGAAAGGUAUCUGGCAUCCAAAAGGCAAAGAAACUCGGUGGGCUCUAUUUGAAGACCUCAUCCAGGAUACAGCCUUGUUUCUCUCAGGAGGAAAAAACAAACAAAACAAACCGAAGAAAAGUCAUGUUCUUAGACUUGCGGGCUGCAGAUGCAGUCCAUCAU